GAAUGCAGUUACCUGAAGAAGUCGUCUUGGGUGUACAUGCAUACAUUAUUUCCGUCACCUAGUUUUUCUAUAUCAUGGAACCUCCCCACCCGUCAGAUUGCAGAAGUAUCUACUUUCACAGGACUUAUCUGUGAAAUAAUUCUUGAUAGGUUGCACCGUCCUCAGAAUGGCGCCAGUCAAGAUCAUCUUCUUGAUCAUCUCCUUGUGGCUGUUGGGAUUUGUACAGGCUAAGAUACCUUCAUUCAUACACAAAGCUCCUCCUAUCCCCCCUUCUAGCGACGAAACAAUUGUGAAAAGAGACUCAGUCCCUGCAGGAUAUGUUGCUGCUCCAUAUUACCCUGCCCCGAAAGGUGGCUGGGUUAGUUCCUGGUCGACUGCUUAUGCAAAAGCACAAACUGUCGUGGCACAGAUGACAUUGGCGGAAAAGGUCAAUCUCACAACUGGAAUUGGAGAACUGAUGGGAAGAUGUGUGGGAAACACCGGCUCCGCACUAAGAUUCGGUAUUCCAAGUCUUUGUUUGCAAGAUUCGGCACUUGGCGUAGCCGCGACCGAUAACAAUACUGCUUUUCCCGCUGGCAUUACCACUGGUGCAACAUGGAGCAAAGAUUUAGCCUAUCAAAGAGGUCUUGCGCUCGGCGCAGAAGCACGGGGGAAAGGAGUCAACAUUUUGUUAGGCCCUACAGUCGGUCCAAUUGGACGAAAACCGCGUGGUGGUCGAAAUUGGGAAGGGUUCGGCGCCGAUCCCGUACUUCAAGGACUAAGUGCUGCCCAAACGAUCAAUGGUAUGCAGGCGAACGGUGUCAUUGCAACCAUAAAACAUUUCAUCGGAAAUGAACAAGAAGCAUACCGAAUGGAUAUCAUACCUCAUGGUUUGAUGAAAGCUCUCAGUAGUAAUAUUGAUGAUAGAACUCUUCAUGAAUUCUACAUGUGGCCCUUUGCAGAAGGUAUCAAAGCUGGUGUUGGAGCUGUUAUGACAAGUUACAAUGAUGUCAAUGGAAGCGCGGCAAGUCAAAACUCAUACCUAAUCAACAACUUAAUCAAGGACGAGCUUGGAUUUCAAGGCCUGGUGAUGACAGAUUGGCUAUCCCAAAUUGGUGGUGUGUCAUCUGCUCUAGCUGGUCUCGACAUGGCUAUGCCCGGUGAUGCAGGAAUCCCUUUUCUUGGCCAAGCAUACUGGGCCUAUGAACUCUCAACUGCUAUUUUGAAUGGAACUGUUCCAGUUGAUCGAUUGAACGAUAUGGUUACUCGAAUUGUUGCAACUUGGUAUCAACUUGGACAGGAUAAAAGUUUCCCGCCACCAAAUUUCUCCGCAAACACUUUAGACACUACUGGACCAUGUUAUCCAGCAGCAUUGAUUUCUCCAACAUGUACAGUGAACUCACAUGUGAAUGUACAAUCAAAUCAUGCAGUCGUUUCUCGGAACAUCUCGAGAGAAGCAAUAACUCUAUUGAAAAACGUCAACAACACAUUGCCACUCUCGACCUCAGCUGCUUUGAAAGUGUUUGGUUCCGAUUCUGCAAACAAUCCUUCCGGGCCUAACGCUUGCAACCAAAGGGGUUGCGAUACUGGUGUUCUCGGUAUGGGAUGGGGUUCAGGCACUGCCAACUACCCUUACCUUGAUGCGCCCAUUGAUGCGAUUAAACGAAAAGCUUCCAAUGUUUACAGCUCAACCAGUGAUAGCUUUCCAUCUGGAUUGACUGCUCUACCUGGAGAUAUCGCUAUCGUAUUCAUAAACAGUGACUCUGGAGAGAAUUCAAUAACUGUUGAAGGGAACGAUGGGGAUCGUUCGUCUUCAGGACUGUACGCAUGGCAUAAUGGCGAUGCACUUGUUCAAGCUGCAGCAGCUAAGUAUUCCACCGUGGUUGUAGUUGUGCACACAGUAGGGCCGAUUCUUGUUGAGAAUUGGAUAAACCUUACUUCAGUAAAAGCCGUACUCUUUGCUCAUUUACCAGGUCAAGAAGCUGGAGAUUCAUUAACGGAUAUCCUCUUUGGUGCAUACUCUCCUAGUGGGCAUCUUCCAUACUCCAUUCCUGUCUCAGAAAGCGACUACCCACCCUCUCUCAGCCUUGUCGGGUUUGCGCUUGGCCAGGUUCAAGAUACUUUCUCUGAAGGAUUGUAUGUUGAUUAUCGAUACCUCAACAAGCAUGCAAUCAGCCCUCGCUUUCCAUUUGGAUACGGGCUUUCCUAUACCACAUUUUCUCGAACGGCUACUCUUGCAGCCGGAAAAGCAAUCACAUCGGUUCCUCCGGCCCGAGCUGCGAAAGGCUCAACUCCAGUAUAUAGUACUGCCAUUCCUCCAGCAUCUGAAGUCGCCUGGCCAGCAGGUUUUUCCGCUGUAGGACGAUAUCUUUAUCCAUACCUCGACAAUCCUUCAAGUAUCACAGCAGGUAAAUUCGUCUAUCCCACUGGAUACACCAAUGUCUCCAAACCCGAUCCCCCAUCUGGUGGAGAUCAAGGUGGAAACCCCGCACUCUGGGACACAAUGUUCACUCUGUCAGUCACAGUGACAAAUACUGGUCUCGUGGCCGGUAAAUCUGUUGUCCAGCUGUACGUUCAACACCCGUCCGAUUCUACCUACGAUACUCCCAUUAUCCAGCUACGUGAUUAUGCCAAGACGGAUACAUUGGCACCGGGAGGGAAACAAGUCGUAUCGCUUGCCGUUACGAGGAAGGAUCUCAGUGUUUGGGAUGUGACGAAACAGAAUUGGGUGAUUCCGGUCUCUACUUCAAAGCCGUUUUUGUUCUGGAUAGGAGAUAGCUCGGGGAAUCUGACGUUGGCUUGUGAGAGUAUUAGUGGGGCUUGUAGUGCGGGUAGAACACCGCCUGUGGUUUAGGGACCUUUUCGGUGUAGAAUAGGGGGCAUGAUUUCUGGAUACUUGAUAGUGAGGGCUAAUUUUGAGAUUGAUCCACGGAAAAAAUGGAGAUUCUUAAAAUCGACAUAUUAGUAUCAAGAUACGAAGUGUUAUGUUAUCAAUAAGAGUGAAGGAUUCCGAACAUUGUACAUCGACAAAAACAAAAAUUUAGUGAGUCCAACUUAUGUGGCAUCGAAACAAUUACAGCGAGCGUAUCAUUUGCAGAACGAACUGUCAAUGAGAAGAUGAUCGCUGACGGUCAAAGGGAUUGAUUGGUCGGAUAUAUCAAACACUGAAUUAUUAUCAUUUCUUCACAUAAGAUCAUAUUCGGCCAACAUUUGGAGUGUCGUUAAACCUUACAAUAUUCUAGUUCAGUCAAACUGUUAUUGUAUUCUGGUGGUACAGUUGCCUUGUUAAUCAUCUCUCGAUGAAGACUCUAGAUUACGUUGUGAGGAACUUUGCACCAAGUUCAAUGAUAUGACGAGUUUGACUCAUAGUAAUUAGUUAUGAGAUUCUUAAUCUUCAAGUGCACAGUGUACUUUGAUGAUUUUUCGUCCAUUUUUCUCAUCUAGAUGGCUUUGUGAGAUGUAGAAAACUCAUUCGCUAGCCCCUUUCCCUUCCAAAUUCUCAAUAUAUUCA